AUGGCGACCGCGGCCACCGAGAGGCUCAGCCGCCUCAUCUUCAACGUGCGCCACGUCCCCCAGCUGCUGUUCCCGCCGUCCCCGUCCACCCAGCACAACGAGGCCAUCAACGUGUGGACCCACCUGGAGACAGCCCUGAUCCUGCUGCUGCGCUUCCAGCAGCUCUCGCAGCGCGUGGAUUUCGCGCAGGACCCUCACGCGCAGCCCCUGCUCAUCAUCAUCGCCGCGUCCAUCACGUACCUGACGUUCAGCACCCUGGCUCACCUGCUGCAGGCCAAGUCGGAGUUCUGGCACUACAGCUUCUUCUUCAUGGACUACGUGGGGGUUGCCAUCUACCAGUACGGCAGCGCCCUCGUGCACUACUACUACACCAUCGAGCCCAGCUGGCACGAGCGCGUCCGCCCGUUCUACGUGCCCGCGGCCGUGCUGCUGGCCUGGCUGUCCUGCGCCGGCUCCUGCUACGCCAAAUACCGCUACCACGAGGCCACGCAGCUGCUGGGCCGCCUGUGCCAGGAGGCGCCCUCGGGCCUGGCCUACGCGCUCGACAUCAGCCCCGUCAUCCACCGCAUCUACAGCACCCGCUCGGCCGCGCGCGACGACCCGGCCCUCCUGUAUCACAAGUGCCAGGUGCUGUUUUUCCUCAUCGGCGCCUUUUUCUUCUCGCACCCUUACCCGGAGAAGUGGUUCCCGGGGAAAUGUCACUUUUUUGGGCAAGGCCACCAGAUUUUCCACGUGUUCCUGGUCCUCUGCACGCUGGCGCAGAUUGAGGCCGUGGUGCUGGAUUAUGAGUCCAGGCGGCAAAUCUACUCCGAGCUCCACGGGGACUCAGCUCACAACUUUUCUGCCCUCUGCCUUUUCACCGUAACCUGCUCCGUUCUCACAGCCGCUUACAUGGCCAGGAAGGUGAAGCACAAGCUGAGCUUCAAAGAGGAGUAACAGCCGCGA